ACAAACGUAACUCUUGUCUUGGUGACAUGGCUACUUAAUGCUUCUUAACUCGUGCUUAAAAGUUUGUUGUUUUUCUUUUUCGACAGUAUUUAGACUUGUCACAAAUUUCCAACAAUUAGUAACGAUUAUUGUUGAUUUCAUUCUUUCAACAAUAUGUAUACACGGGUAAAAAAAAGGAUUAAAAAAACACGUUUGUGGUAUACAUUAAGGUAAUAAAAAUGCUUAGAGGAAAAAGAGAUUUAUCGGGACAGAAUAUCUUAUAUUUUUUGGUGAGAAUUGAGAGCUUGGAUAUUAUAGCAUCUGAUAUUCGGAACCGUUCAUCAAGUCAUUAACGAAGAACUAUUUCACAUUUCAUGUGAACCAAUUUCUAUAGGAAAGGUUGGAGCUUUGUUUUGUUUGAGCUGAAUCCUUUCAACAAUGUUCCCCAUUAGGAGUUUAAUUUCCAGCAAGACUCCGAGUCUGAGACAGUUUUCGUCCGCAACAACUCCUCAAGUGCUUAGGCCUGGUGAUAUCCUAGGACAAUCAAGACGUUUUACCGAGGAAGAUGUCAUUCAAUACUCUAAAGUCAGCCAUGAUUCUAAUCCUUUGCAUACUGAUCCUGUGGCUGCCAGAGAUGUCGGAUUCGAAGGUCCUCUCGUCCAUGGGAUGCUCGUUGCUUCUCUCUUUCCUCGCAUCAUCUCGUCACAUUUUCCUGGAGCUGUUUAUGUCUCUCAAAGCUUGAAUUUUAAGUUCCCUGUGUAUAUUGGAGACCACAUUACUGGUGAAGUAGAAGCAACACAUCUGAGAGAAAAUAAAAACCGAUAUCUUGCAAAGUUCAAAACAAGGUGCCUCAAGAAUGGUGAACUGCUUGUUAUUGAAGGUGAGGCUACAGCUAUAUUGCCAACACUGACCUUUGAACAAGAGCAAUGUAAGGAUUGCUGAAAUAGUUAUUCACAAGAAUAGACUAUUAACCAUGAAAGCCUUUUUCAAAUGCUAAAUAAAUGUAUUUGUGACAAGAGUACUUAAAGUCCUUGUAGGUUGAACUUGUGAUUAACCACUUUGCCCCCACCAUAAAGAAAAACAGCAGGGGGAGACAAUCAGACAAAGUUUUUGUAGUUUUGCUGAUUAUAAUGCAGUUUAUGCAGA